GUCCGCCGCGUGAUGCCCCCCGACAGCUUCUACUUCUCCAUCGCCCGCGACCCGGCCACGGCCGCCGAGUCGGCCUUUUCCUACUACCGCGCCGCCGUGCCGGCUUUCCGCCGCGCUCCGUCCCGCUCCGCCUUCCUCCUGUCCCCGUCCCUCUACUACCAACCCGGCCUCAAAGGCAACCACUACGCCCGCAACCUCCUGUGGUUCGACUUCGGCCUCCCCGACGUCUCCCCGUCCAACGGCACGGCGGUGACGGCGGCCAUCGGAGCCCUGGACGCCGUUUUCCCCCUGGUCCUGCUGGCGGAAUAUUUCGACGAGUCGCUGGUGCUGCUGCGCCACGCGCUCUGCUGGCCCCGCGAAGCCGUCGUGGCUUUUCCCCAAAACGGCAGGGCGAAAAACUCCGUCCGCCCUUUAUCCGGCCGGGAGACGGAGAGGCUGAGGGAAUGGAACGCCUUGGACUGGGCUCUUUACGUCCACUUCAACCGCUCCUUUUGGAGGAAGGUGGCGGAAUUCGGCCCCCGCAGGAUGCGGGAGGAGGUGGAGCGGCUGCGCGGGCGGCGCGAGGCUUUGGCCAGGCGUUGUUUGAGGGGGGGGGGACCCCUGCCGGGACCCUCCAUCACCGACGGGAAGCUGAAGCCUUUCCAGCCCGGUCGGGGGGCGGCCGCCGUGGUCGGCUACGCGCUCAGGGCGGAUUUGGGGCCGGCCGAGAGGGAGAGGUGCGAGAGGAUGGCGACCCCCGAGCUGCAGUACAAGGACCGGCUGGAGAGGAAGCAGUUUGGGGGCAACGGGAGCGCAGGGUAGGGCUGGGCCUCGGGGACCCCGCCGGGAGAUGUGGGGAUCCCAGCGGGUCGGUCCGUGCCUCGGCUUCCCCUGUGCGUAAUGGAGCGCUACGGUACGGCUCUGUGCCUCAGUUUCCCCACUGGGAGUCAUGCAUUCCCCAUUGGGAGUCGUGAAUCCCCCAUUUGGACAGCCCUGUGCCUCAGUUUCCCUGUUGGGAGUCAUGGAUCCCCCAUUGGGUGCCAUGGAUCCCCCACUGGGCAGCCCUGUGCCUCAGUUUCCCCUGUGCGUAAUGGAGCGCUAUGGUACGGCUCUGUGCCUCAGUUUCCCCGUUGGGAGACGUGCAUCCCCCACUGGGUGUCAUGCAUCCCCCACUGGGCAGCCCUGUGCCUCAGUUUCCCCAUUGGGAAUCAUGCAUCCCCCAUUGGGAGUCAUGCAUCCCCCACUGGGAGUCGUGAAUCCCCCAUUUGGACAGCCCUGUGCCUCAGUUUCCCUGUUGGGAGUCAUGGAUCCCCCAUUGGGUGCCGUGGAUCCCUCACUGGGAGUCAUGGUUACCCCAACUGGGCAGCCCUGUGCCUCAGUUUCCCCAUAGGGGUAAUGGAUUGCUACGGUACGGCUCUGUGCCUCAGUUUCCCCAUUGGGUGCCAUGGAUCACCCACUGGGAGUCGUGAAUCCCCCAUUUGGGCAGCCCUGUGCCUCAGUUUCCCCACUGGGAGCCAUGGAUCCCCCAUUGGGUGUCCUGGAUCCCCCACUGGGUGCCACAGAUCUCCCAUUGGGAACAAUGGGUCCCCUAUUGGAACAAAUCUGUGCCUCAGUUUCCCCGUAGGGGUAAUGGAUCACUACGGUACGGCGAUGUGCCUCAGUUUCCCCACUGGGAGCCAUGGAUCCCCCACCGGAACAAACCCGUGCCUCAGUUUCCCCAUAGGAGUAAUGGGGCAUUAUGGGUAAUGGGGCAUGAUGGGAUGGCCCUGUGCUUCAGUUUCCCCUAUGGCUAAUGGAGCAUUAUGGGUAAUGGAGCAUUAUGGGAUGGCCCCGUGCUUCAGUUUCCCCUAUGGGUAAUGGAGCAUUGUGGGAUGGCCCGUGCCCCAGUUUCCCCAUAGAAGAUGGGUAAUGGAUCACUAUGGCUAAUGGGGCAUUAUGGGAUGGCCCAUGCCUCAGUUUCCCCUAUGAGUAAUGGAGCGUUAUGGGUAAUGAAUCACUAUGGGUAAUGGAGCAUUAUGGGAUGGCCCGUGCCCCAGUUCCCCUAUAGGUAACGCAUCACUACGGUUCAGAACUGUGCCUCAGUUUCCCCAUGGGGGGGGGGGGUGUCACGUGACAGCGCUGUUCCCCCUUUGCAGUACCGCCCCGUGCCUCAGUUUCCCCACUCCCACAACGGGAGUUUCCCCACGUGGGUGUCGGGUCGAUGCCCCCGUUUUCCCCAUUCAUACAAUAGGUCCGCUACGAGGGCGUGGCUUACGAGAGCCACGCCCACUCCGUCACCCCCCUCCGUAUCUCUGGCAAUAAA